AUGGCUAAAGUAUGGCACUGAUGAACAGUUAAGUUGAGGUGCUCACCAUGUGCUAAACGUGUGGCUAUGGUAUGGCUUCACUUCAGGGACGAGGGAACAGAUUUUAGAGACGUUAAGUAAUUCGCCCAGAGCGACACAGCUAACAAGCGGCGGGGCUGGGACUGUUUGAAUCCAAAGUCCACGACGCUCUUAACCUCUAUACUAAACGGCCUCAGAAGAACGUCAGACGAGGAGGAUCCGGAUGGGGCACCGGUCCCCUCCCCACCAGUGCUCCCAGCUUCCCGGCCGCGGUGCGCCUGAGUUAGCUUACACUCCAAGAUUCUGGACACCGAGCUUAUUUACGUAAAUGAUAGGCAAACGCAAGUAAAUGUAACUUUCCACAUCUGCUGGAAAUUCAAAUUACGUCGAUGGGGGGCAAGCGGACAGAUCCCAGUUAUCCCAGUUCCGAUCCCACGCCGUCUGGAGCCUCGGGCCGAAGGAGGAAGCGGCUCCGGGUGGAGAGUAAAGUGACAGUCGGACAAGGAAAAGCAGCCUUUCCUCCCGGGGGAGCAGAGGCGGCCGGGCAGGCAGAGGGAACCUGCAGAGGGCGGUUUCUCUCCUCUUUUCCUGUCCCACCCAGUCGGCCGGUCCCUCCACCCCCACUGCCGGCCGGCCUCCGCCGCUCGCUCCGCGCGUCCGUCCGCGGCUUCCUCCCGCUCUGUGUCCCUCGGCGGCUCUCCGCGAACCUCCGCCGUUCCCGCCCCCGGCGAGUUCAAAAGGACGCGCGGAGUGGCGCCCGGGCCCUCCCCCGGCCGCCCGUCCGACUGAUCUGCCUCUCCCUGGUGCCCAAUCCUCUUGCUGCAAUGACUAGCCUGCUAACCACGCCUUCUCCAGGAGAAGAACUGGUGACCACCCCAAUUCUUCAGGCUACUGAAGCCCUGUCCCCAGAAGCCGAGGCCAGCACAGCACUCAUUGCAGUUGUUAUCACCGUGGUCUUCCUCACCCUGCUCUCAGUCGUGGUCUUGAUCUUCUUUUACCUGUACAAGGACAAAGGCAGCUACGUCACCUACGAACCUGCAGAAGGCGAGCCCAGCGCCAUCCUCCAAAUGGAAAGUGACUCGGCCAAGGGCAGGGACAAGGAGGAAUAUUUCAUCUAAUGAUUCCCGGGCCCCAAGGAGCUUCUCCAGGCUCCAGUGCUAACACACUAUUUAUUAGGUGAAAGUUUUAUCUGAAACCAGUGAGAAGCAUUGAUUGAUAUGGGCAAACCUGAGCUCCUUCUAGGACACAGGCCCAAAUGCCAACAUCACUGAUGCCAGGGACACAGAGAAAGCUGUUGAUGACGUCUUUAGCGAGGCCUUUGUAGUCUAGCUGGUUUCGGUGGCUGCCCAACAAGGUGGAGCAACACCAGGCCACAUGAGCCCGGUCAUCUUCACUUUUUUCAAGGUCAAGGGGAAGGAGAGUUAGGGUCGCUGGCUGCUCCUCUGUCCCCUACCUGGUCUGCUAGUGACAGCUGGAACAGAGAUAGUGUCUGUAGAAGUUCUUCCCAGGUGCUGGAUACCAUGGUAAAAGGCCAAGAGGGGAGGGGCAGGAGACUAUGGAGACCCCACCCCCUGAUGAAUGUGCUAUAUCUCCUAAUCUGAGCCCUUCCUUUCCAUAUUCCCCAACAACCUUAUACUGAUGCUAUUUUUAUCACAAUUAAAAAUGUUCAUUGACAGAGAAAUCUGAUUCUCGUGUGCAAGAAGUAACUACCUUUAUAUUCUGACUUAUCCAUACUGAAACUUUUUUGACAUUUUCUUUUGCUUAUUUAACUCGUUUGCAUAUGUUCUCUCCCAAACAUAAAGAACCCUAGGGAAGUUUCAGAAGAAGUUCCCAUUGGGCGCCUGGGUGGCUCAAUCCUAA